GUCAAGGAUAAAAAUCAACCAAUCAAAUUUUGACAUCACCUCACACCCUCUUUUUGUUGCGUCCGUAAAAACUUUUCAACAAGGAACCGACUUGGAAUUAAACAACGUUUGUUGAAGUCUGUUGGAUUAUUUUAAGUAGAACAAAACCAUGCCUACCUUCCCACAGUAUCUAACACCAGAACAGGAGGAUGAAUUACGAUUGGUCGCAAAUGCUAUUGUGGCCCCUGGUAAAGGUAUCUUGGCGGCUGAUGAGUCUACAGGAACUAUUGGAAAGAGAUUUGCAUCAAUAAAAGCUGAGAACAAUGAAGAAAAUCGUCGCAGAUACAGAGAACUAUUGUUUGCCUCAGAUAAGGUUGUAGCCGAAAACAUUAGUGGUGUGAUUCUGUUUCACGAGACAUUGUAUCAGUCAACAAAAGCUGGAGUACCAUUUGUUAAAGUAUUGAAAGAAAAGGGAAUUAUACCCGGUAUCAAAGUAGAUAAAGGAGUUGUCCCCCUUGCUGGAACUGAUGGAGAAUCAACAACACAGGGUCUUGAUGGUCUAGCAGAAAGAUGUGCACAGUAUAAAAAAGAUGGAGCACAAUUUGCAAAAUGGCGAUGUGUGCUAAAAAUAGGAGCAGAAACUCCAACCUUUCAAGCUAUGUUAGAAAAUGCCAAUGUUUUAGCCAGAUACGCCAGCAUUUGUCAACAAAAUGGUCUAGUACCCAUUGUAGAACCUGAAGUUUUAUGUGAUGGUGAUCACGAUCUAUAUACUGCACAAAAAGUCACUGAACAGGUGUUAGCAUUUACAUACAAAGCAUUGUCAGAUCAUCAUGUAUAUUUAGAAGGAACUUUACUCAAACCAAACAUGGUGACCGCUGGUCAAAGUUGUCCUAAAAAAUUCACGGCUGAAGAAAAUGCUAAAGCUACAGUCCUGGCUUUAUCAAGAACUGUUCCAGCAGCAGUUCCAGGAAUAACAUUUUUGUCAGGUGGACAAUCUGAAGAAGAUUCAACCCUUAAUCUGAAUGCUAUCAAUGUUUUCCCUGGUAGAAAACCCUGGGCACUUACCUUCUCCUUUGGAAGAGCCUUACAGGCCAGUGUCCUUAAGGCUUGGCAAGGGAAAGAAGAGAAUGUUAAGGCUGCCCAGGAACAGCUCAUUAGAAGGGCAAAGGCUAAUGGGUUAGCUGCCCUUGGACAGUAUAAAGGUGGUGUGUCUGGAGAUGCCGCUGGAGAAUCAUUAUUCGUUCCAAAACAUACAUACUGAAAUGGAUUAUGACAUUUUAAUUGGGGUUUUUGAAAUUAGUGGUUUUCAUAAUGUUUUCAGGGGCCAUUUAAAUAUAAAACCAGGGUUGGUGAUUUAAAAGUUUUGGGAAAAAUUAUUGUGAUACAGUAAUCUUUUAUUUAGUUCAAUAUAAUCAGGGGUAGAUUAACUACAGCUCUAUUCAACUGACAAACUAGAACCUAACAUGAAAAAUAUAAGUGCAUUUAAAAUAUUUACUUAAGCUGUCAUAUAUGAUGUAUAUUUUUUGUAAAAAUGUUUUGAUAAAAAGGUGCUUAAAGUGCAAGAAUUUAUAUGAUGUUCGCAGGUAUUUUCGUAUCAUCAUGAAAUAAAUGCUAAGUGGAAAAAUGUGUCUAUGGUGUGAUUUAUUGAUGGUUAAAAAACUUAGUUGCCUGAAAUGCAUUUUAUGAAAACAAGAUAAUAAUACCAUGCCUUUCACAAAUUUAUGAAUUCCUUUUAUAAAAAUAUCAUUUCCAGUGUUUAAAUGCUGUGUGAAUUUGGACCAAUGUACUGAUCACUUUCCAUUAAUAUGCUUUUGUCCUCAUUCACCUUAUAUUUAGUUGAGUUUGGUCAUUUUGACUCUGUAAUUUCUACAAAUAAAGACUUUAUGAAGGUUUUGAAUUGUUUUUGUGUUACUACAGCAUGUACAAUAACAUUGCAACCAAUGUAAUAUUUGUUUUUAUUUUCCAAUUUAAUUUUAAUAAUUUCAUGGCAUGUAUUGUUAAAUGGAUUUAGUAUGCACUAUGUAUCUACGCAAUAAAAAUAUAUUUUUAUGAUAAA